AUGUUUUGCUGUGUCCGGCGAACUAGAGGCCGCAAAGAAGGGAAUUUCGACGAGCGGCAUGCCAAAUCCCGUGGUGCCUGGCCGCCGCCUGGUAAUUAUGUGCACAGUAUCGAGGGUGGGAAGUCAAAGGGUACUGCCGAUCGCGGUUUGAAGGAUGGGAAUAUGGUGGUUCUGGCCGGAGCCGGAGCCGGAGCCGCCGUGGGUGCAGCAGCUGUGGUGGUGGCCGCCACCAGCAACGACCAAACGACGGACCGGAAUAGUGAUGGCAGCGCCUCUCAAGGGUGCUGCGGCCGCAGAGGAGGCGGCGGGGGGUGCGGUGGUGGCGGUUGUGGAGGCUGCGGUGGCUGUGGAGGCUCGCAGCUAGCUGAAGGGUCGCCUGCAGACGUUUCUGUGGGUCGGCCUCACUAUCAUCUUCCUUCACCGGAUUCUGUGACUGCUGCUGGCUAG